AUGGUCGACAAACUUACUGCCAGGAGAAAGAGAGUGGACCUCAAUCUGGAUGAGCUCAUCGGAGUGACGUCUCGGUUCAGCUUAUAUGACCCGCCUGCUGGAUUCCGCUCUCCCAGUGGAGGAUUCAGCCCGAGCGGUGCGUUGAACUUUCGCCUCGGGAAACGAGGUGGUAGGACGGCAUCUAGGCCGGGACUUACUAAACAAGCCGAAAGGGAUCUAGACACGACAAUGAGGCAGCCAGGGGUGAGAGAGCCCAGAGGUAAAGACCCAAAAGCUAGAGAGCCAAGGGCUAAAGAGCCAAGAACCGGAGAGCCAAGGGCUAAAGAGCCAAGAACCGGAGAGCCAAGGGCUAAAGAGCCAAAGGAUCUGGAGUCUCGGCAGGACUCCGAGAAACAGAGCCCUCUUGAAAUGGUUUUCGCGCUCCGCAGGACGCAGUCAUUGAAGCAGGCGUGUGCCAAGUUCGUGGCGGAGAGGCAAGCCGAGGGGGAGUCGAGAGAAAGCUCUCCCCAUGCCUUAUCGCUCCGGCUGCUCUUCACGACGGCCUCGAGAAGUGGCACUCCGCGAGCUCUGAUACAUAUCCGGAGACUGCUCCUCGGAGAAACCGUCCGGCCGGAACUGGUUCUACAAGAGGCCACCGCCUUACUCAGACACGCUGCCGGGAAUGCGGAACAUCUCUGGGACCUCACCUCCAUCGUCCUCUGCUUCGCAGACGCGCCACCCACCACCUUCAUUAAACAUUACCUCCGCCAACUCCACUCCAUACUGUAA